AUGAUAUCAGUAAAAUGUGUAGUUAUUGGUGAUAAAAGUGUAGGAAAGACAUCAAUACUAAGUUCUUAUACAAAUAACUUCUUCCCUACAGGUGAAGACUUAACACAUCAAGAUUUUCAAUACUUUACAAAUACUAUUGUUGAUGGCCGUCCGUAUCACUUCGAUUUUUGGGAUACUAUAUACACUGGUAACGAAACGUAUGAUCGUCUAAGACCCUUGUGUUAUCCUGGUACAGCUGUAUUCUUGGUUUGUUUUUCAACGAUAUCACCUCCAACAUUUGAGAGUGUUUCUACCAAGUGGAUCAAAGAACUUAAACGUCAUGCACCAAAAGUACCAAUCAUAUUGGUUGGAACGAAAAUAGAUACUAGAGACGAUACAGAAUUGCUUGACUGUUUGAAAGAAAAGGGCGUGGUGCCUAUCACUUAUCAACAGGGUCUAGUUAAAUUGAAGGAAAUACGUGCACAUAAAUAUAUGGAAUGUUCAGCCCUAACUCAAGAAGGUUUAAAAAAUGUUUUUGAUGAAGCAGUUCGCUCGGUUGUACAUCCACCAAUAAAGAAAAAUACCUGUAUAAUCAUCUGA